AAGGUGCCUCUUUGCCAAGUUAGCAGGAGUAUUUUGGGCCUCGAUAGCUGUGAAUAAUACAAUACAAUGAUUAUAUUCCAGCAAUUUCUACACCAUUCAUUAAGGGGUUACUUCUAAGGCAGGCCUGCUCAACUUUGGCCCCCCAGCUGUUUUUGUACUACAACUCCCAUAAUCCCUAGCCAUAGCAGCCAAUAGCCGGGAAUUAUGGGAGUUGUAGGCCAACAUCUGCAGGAGGGCCGAAGUUGAGCAGGCCUGGUCUAAGGGAUCUUCAUUCAGAAACCUUUGGCUUUCUGUUAGCAGAAACUGUUCUCGACAGCAAGGAGAAAGUUUAGGGUUGUCAACUCCCUCAUUAAGCAGGAUGUCCCUCAUGUACCCAGAAUGUUGGGGGCAAUAUGCUAAAUCAUUGUAAACCGCUUAGAGAGCUCCGGCUAUAAAGCGGUAUAUAAAUGUAAGUGCUAUUGCUAUUGCUAUUUCAGGGACGAAAGGUUGGUCCCUAUCGGGACAGCAUUUGUCCCUCAUUUAUUCAAUAGCAUAUAAUUUAAUGACAUAUACUUCAAGGAUACUUGGGCUCUUGAUUACCACUGCAUACACCUCCCAGCCCCACAGCCCCCGCCUCGCAGCAAGCCACAAACUUGUGUCCCUCAUGCUGGCAAUGAAAUGUUGGCAAUCUUACUACAACUGUACCCGAUUUGGUUCAUAUUGGUCCAUGUAUUGCAAAAUUGAUAGGACACACACCCGGAAUGUUGGGUAAUCUCAUAAGCCUCCUGGAAAAUAGUCUAAAAACGACUCGUCUCUGGAGCGAGACAGGGCCGAACGCGGGGGGGGGGGGGGGUCCUCCCCGACAUGCGCAGUCCGGCUUAAAGUUUUGAAACCCUGCUUAAAGUUUUGAAACCCUGUCUGGGAGCGAGUGGAGCAGCUUUAACUCUUUCGUGGAUGCCCUCCUCCACUGCCAGCAGGGAAGCUUUUCUGCUGCAGCUGCACAUACAUCCCACGUGGCAUUCCUUUGAGAAGGCAUCCUAGGGUUAAAGCGAGAGAGAUGCAAGUCCUAGAGAGGCAAAAGUGAGGGGGUGGCGGCGGGGCUGACAGACUUGUGAUUGCUGUUUCCGGCCCCCAUUGUUGCCCCAAGAGCUAUUUUUCGGUGUUGGGUGUCCCAGUCCCAGUUGUGUGGCAAAUGGAAAAGAGGGAGACAAUCUCUUGUCAGCAACUAGAAUGGCCUUUCCUUGGAAAACAUCUCCUUGGCUUCACUGUGUAAAACUUGCCUCACAGAACAAAGCAUUGGCUUUGCAAAACUCAGCGGGCCCACCUAAUACAGCCAUUUCUGCUGCAAGGAAGAGUCUGCUGUAAGAAAGAACAACUUUGACCUCAUUGGAGAUGGAAAUGCAAGGCCCGGCUGGCCCAGGAACCUUCUUGGUGGGGAGCAGUGGGGAAUUCUGGGAAAAGACUGUGGAGAAAAUGCAUGAACAUGAAAAUAUGCUCAGUUCAGAUAUCCAGCAGUUCCAGGACCUGGAUGCCAAGGGGCCCCGGAAUGUCUGCAGCCGAUUGCACAGUCUUUGCUGUCAGUGGCUCAAACCAGAGCGCCACACAAAAAACCAGAUCCUGGAUCUGCUGGUCCUGGAGCAGUUCCUGACUGUUCUCCCUCUGGAGAUGAAGAGCUGGAUUAGAGAAUGUGAGCCAGAGACCAGUUCGCAGGCGGUGGCCCUGGCAGAAGGCUUCCUCCUGAGCCAGGAAGAGGACAAGAAGCAGGAAUUGCAGCAGGUGGAUGGGGUCACACUUCCCUGGAAGGAACAGGUGCAGGGGCAGUUAGCAGAAGGGACGGCCAAUGUAUCUGAGGCAGAGAAGGCUCCAUCGGACACCAGACAAAAGCCAUUGUCCAGGGGAAACUCUCAGGAGGGUGACGCAGAUGCCACCUUGCUGGGCCAUGGCAGAGCAGUAGUGAUUUGUCCAAGCUCUUCUGCCCUGGGUAGUGAUGGAGAAAAGGCUUCUAUACGACCAGAUCAGAGUGCUGUGUCUUUUGAUGAGGUGGCUGUGCAUUUCACCGAGGAGGAGUGGGUUCUGCUGGACGCAGACCAAAAAGCCCUGCACAGAGAAGUCAUGGAGGAGACACGUCAGAAUGUGGCCUCUCUGGUUGGUGAUGAGUGGAAGAGCAAGAAUAAGGGAGAACUUUUUAGAACGUUAGUGGAAAGAGUGAAAUGUAAAAAGGAAGGACAGCAGAGAAAGGAAACUGAAAUAAGAAAAGAAAGGAGGAAUGAAUCCACAGCUCUUCAUGCUGGUGACCACCAGGAAACCCCAAUCCAAGGGGAAAUGGACAAAAGAAAUGAAUGGGGAAAGCACCUAAGAGGUGGGGAAAGGUUCCGUUGUAAAUCAAGCCUUAUUUCAAGAGUCAGGAUAGGGGAGAACUCAUUGAAGUGCUUCAGUGGUGGGGGGAAAUUCAGUCAGGACUCAACCCUUAUUCCUCAAAAAAUUCACAGAGAGAAACUAUUUAAAUGUUUGGAAUGUGGGAAGGGUUUCAGACAGAAAUCAACUCUUAGAAUGCAUGAAAGCAUUCACACAGGGGAUAAACCAUUUAAAUGUUUGGUGUGUGAGAGCAGCUUCAGUCAGAGCUCAUAUCUUAAAGAACAUCAAAGGAUCCACACAGGAAAAAAAUCAUACCCAUGGUUGGAGUAUGGGAAGAGCUUCAGAUAUACCUCAGAUCUUAGGAGACACAAAAGUAUUCAAAUGAAGGGGAAAAAAUUUAAAUGUUUGGAGUGUGGGAAGAGCUUCAUUAAGAAGUCAGUUCUUAAAAUACAUGAAAGAAUUCACAUGGAAGAGAAACCAUUUAAAUGUUUGGAGUGUGGGAAGAGAUUCAGUAAGAAGUCAGUUCUUAAAAUACAUGAAAGAAUUCACAUGGAGGAGAAACCAUUUAAAUGUUUGGAGUGUGGGAAGAGUUUCACUCAGAGCUCAUGUCUUACAGUUCAUCAAAGAAUUCACACAGGUGAGAAACCAUUUCAAUGUUUGGAGUGUGGGAAGAGUUUCAGACAGAAGUCAGUUCUUAAAAUACAUGAAAAGAUUCACAUGGAGGAGAAACCAUUUAAAUGUUUGGAGUGUGGGAAGAGUUUCACUCAGAGCUCAUGUCUUACAGCUCAUCAAAGAAUUCACACAGGUGAGAAACCAUUUCAGUGUUUGGAGUGCGGGAAGAGUUUCAAUCAUAACUCAGAUCUUAGGAGACACAGAAGUAUUCACAUGAAGGAGAAACCAUUUAAAUGUUUGGAGUGUGGGAAGAGCUUCAGUUGGAAGUCAGUUCUUAAAAUACAUGAAAAAAUGCACAUGAAGGAGAAACCACUUAAAUGUUUGGAAUGUGGGAAGAGUUUUACUCAGAGUUCAUGUCUUAUAGAUCAUCAAAGAAUUCACACAGGCGAGAAACCAUUUAACUGUUUGCAGUGUGGGAAGAGCUUCAGACAGAAGUCAAUUCUUAAAAUACAUGAAAAAAUUCACACAGGUGAUAAACCAUUUAAAUGUCUAGAGUGUGGCAAGAGCUUCAUUUGGGAGUCAUAUCUUAGGAGACAUAAAAGUAUGCACAUGAAGGAGAAACCAUUUAAAUGUUUGGAGUGUGGGAAGAGUUUUACUCAGAGCUCAUAUCUUACAGUUCAUCAAAGAAUUCACACAGGCGAGAAUCCAUUUCAGUGUUUGGAGUGUGGGAAGAGCUUCAGACAUAAGUCUGUUCUUAAAAUACAUGAAGAAAUUCACAUGGAGGAGAAACCAUUUAAAUGUUUGGAGUGUGGGAAGAGUUUCACUCAGAGCUCAUGUUUUAAAGUUCAUCAAAGAAUUCACACAGGCGAGAAACCAUUUCAGUGUUUGGAGUGUGGGAAGAGCUUCAGCUAUAACUCAUAUCUUAGGAGACACGAAAGUAUUCACAUGAAGGAGAAACCAUUUAAAUGUUUAGAGUGUGGGAAGAGUUUCACUCAGAGCUCAUGUCUUACAGUUCAUCAAAGAAUUCACACAGGCGAGAAUCCAUUUCAAUGUUUGGAGUGUGGGAAGAGCUUCAGUUAUAACUCACAUCUUAGGAGACACAAAAGUAUUCACAUGAAGGAGAAACCAUUUAAAUGUUUGGAGUGUGAGAAGAGCUUCAGUGAAAACAGAUAUUUUAUAGAACAUCAAAGAAUCCACACAGGUGAGAAACCAUUUAAAUGUUUGGAGUGUGGGGAGAGCUUCCGUUUAGGUAGAGCUCUUAGAAGACAUGAAAAAGUUCAUAAAAAUCCUCAUGGGGAUUUGUUCCCCAUCUAAGUGUUCCCAUUUCAUGUGGAAUGACCUCAGUCACAAGUUAGACUGCACUCAGUAUACAAAACCUCCUUCUUACCAUAUAAGCCAUUCAGGCUAAAAACAAUAUAAAUGCUUUGAAUGUGGAAAGGGUUGCAGUUCAGGAACCUAAAAAGGCUUUAAGACGAGAGCUAAGAGGCUUUCCGUUUUCCCUCAUGCUCUAAAAGGAAUGGAAAUGGCUAGUUUAGGUGCCCAUCUUAACUUCCACACCGUGUAAGCUAUAUUAGACCUUCUACAAUGCUGGCUCCACAAAUGAGGCUCCAUGUAUCCACACUUGGCCUUGGUCCUUCAGCUGGACGCUGAGCUGGGAGAGGACAUGGCGCAUCCAGGCAGAAAUUCUAGAAGUUCUGCUUCCCCAGUUGAUUCCUUGAGUUGCACUUGAUGUGUCUCAAUGGAGAGCUGGUAAAAACUGAGCUGUAGCAACCAGAAACUGGCAUACAUCCUUGUAAGAAGAUGUCCACAAGCAGAGGGUUUUAGAGGGUAGGGAAGCAAAGGUUGUCAUAGAAACAGUGCAUGGAAUGUUUGGAACUGUCUUUUUAAAAAAAUGAAUGACAGGUGGUGACAGUUAGGAAGUGGGGAGUGUUGGCAAAAGAGGGACCAGUAAUGAAAGAAGGGAGAGCUCAGUGUGAGAGCUCCUGUAGAAGACUGAGCAAGGGGGUUGUUCAGGGUGUUUUGUAGGAAAGUUUGGGGACGUAUUGAGCAGAGACUGUAGGAGACCAGUGGUGAACUGGAGCAGUACUUUGGGUUUGGAAAGUGGGUUUCAGAACAUGUUUCACAAAUAAUACAAUAUAUACCCCUGUCCUAGACCGCUUAGCAAGCUUAAGGAGGAUGUGUGACAAGGAGGUCACAUAUCAUGCUCAGGAUUGUGCUUCACAAUUGCACAAAAUAGCAACAUUGUAAUGAAGUUCAUGUGCCCUCCUUAGUAGAAAUUCUGCUACAUUUUAAACCAAUAAUAAGCUUCUUCUUCAUAUGGUGGCUGCACAAGAUAAAUUCCAAAACAAUGCACAGGGGCAGUCACAGAAUGAAACAAACAAUAAAGAGGGGAAAUGGAAAUCCCACCGUGACUACAAAACAAAAAAAUGCAGAUAAUCAUGACCAAACACUGAAAAUAUAGAUAAACACUGGAAAUGUAUAUUCAGAAAUAAUAAGCCAGUAAUAAAUAAUCCAUAACAUUAAUAAACAAAAAUCAUGAAUCUAAACUAAAUAAUUCCACAAGAAAAAUAAUAAUAAUGUAUGCAGUAAUAGUCAAACCAGCUGGUAACACAUAAUACACAAAAUGCCUUCUCACAAUGCAGAAUACAUAAAUAAAAGCAUGCGCAAUAACAGUCAAAAGUUAAGGAAGGAGGUGUAACUGAGCCAGGCAAAAAUUGGGCUGCAGGAUGAAAUAGGCAAAGUCAAGUAUCAAAAUGGAAGUGGCAGAUGACAAAAGCACUGUGUCAGACGUGGUCUCAAAAAGAGGUGUGGACGUCCUCAAUGGCGAAAUGCUCAAUACCAUCCGCACAGAAGUGAAGAUGUAAAAUCACAAACAUGCUGAUAGCAGAGAACCCGUCGAGCAUGCUUUCAUAAAUAAGCUGACCUGGAUCAGAGAUAAAGCCCACUGCAUGUCCUUGUGGAGAAGAACAAACUUCAUGAAUCAAUGUCGUUCAUGAAUCAAAGUCGAACGGCUCUUCCAGAUAUGUGCUGUUUCGCCCACAAAGCUUCAUCAGCCUCCAAAACAACAUUAGUACCGGUACCCCAUUUCUUAAGCUUGACACAGUCUUACAGUCCUUUCCGGCAUUGAUGUGCCCUGCUUAGUAGAAAUUCUGUUACCAUUUUAAACCAAUAAUAAACUUCUUUAUAUGGUGGAUGCACAAGAUAAAUUCCAAACAAAAAAAGCGGGGUGGGGGGAACCCUAAUACCUCCAGUGAACAUGCUAAUUCAACCAGUACAAAAUCAAAACAAAACACAUCCUUGCAUUUAGUGUGGGCUUGUGCAUUGGUGUGGAUAUGUGUGUGUUAUAUUUGUUAUGUGCAUUUUUUUCUUGGGUUUGUUAACUUUUGUACAGCAGUUAAUGAGCCAUUAAGUAUGAAAUAUUUGACAUUCCUAAAGUAUUUUUGUGUUAAUAAUACACUGAUCCAUUAAUACAUGCAUUAAUGCAUUAAGACCUGCAUGUCUCUGGUACUAUAACACGCAUUACACUCUUAAGAUCUUUUUUAAGGCAUAGAAUUCCUUACUGCAUAAAUUACCUUAUUGUUGUGGUCAAAAUAAGUGAUCUAUCUGAAUAUUAUAGAGUGGUAUGAAGUGCAUUUACAGAAAUAUUAUUAUUAUUUGUAAAAUAUAAUGAAUCACUUAGUGACUUAAUUAAUUAA